AUGUACCCAGUCCAACCUCCGAACUUCGUCGUGAAGCUUCCAGCCUUCGAGUCAUACCUCUCAGCCCGAUCGAUUUCGCGCAACCGAGCGCACUUCUGUGACACACAGCCUCCCGCCGUCGGCAACGACGGCCUCUUUGCGCGCCGUACGGCUGGUACGCUAGUCGUCGGGUCUGGCCGUCCCACCUGGGAAGCGGCGCGCACGGUCUUGGGUAUCCGGGGUCCCCAGACACUGAUGGGGCGGCCGUCUCGGACCUGUGCGGGCUCACCGCCCAUCUCUGCGUCGGUCCUUGUGACCCUCGGGCCAGCCUGUCGCACAAUUUCGCCCCUCCGUAUAGCAUGGGCGCGAUCAAGAUCGCCCCAGCUAUUUUCGAAAACGAUCUCGGCACGCCGGCGGUCGUCCUGUGCUGAAAACCAGGCACCGUUCGUGACUCCGCCGCAGCCGCCGCAAGUCUCGCUGCCGAUCUUCUUCGGCUUCCCGCAAGCGUCGGUCCCGCUGCCAUCGUACAAACUCGAGUACCCGCUCAAGCGGGAGUGA